AUGACAUCAGGUGCUGCAAUGGAACGAGCCAAAGAGAUUGUCAUGGAUUGGAUGCAACAAUACGUACAUCCAGCCAUGCCUGGACAAGAUGCGACUGUUAUGGUGAUGGUAGCUGAUGCAAUGCAGAAUCCAGAAUUUGUUAUAGACGUGUAUACGUGUCUACGUGAUGCCGGUGUGUCACCGUCACCUAUCACGCUUGAGUAUUCAGCAGCAGCGUGUGCUGAGCUGGGUCAAUGGCGCACAGCACUUGAGAUCAUUGAUUAUAUGCACCAAGCAGUAGAGAUUAUGCAACCAUCAUUGAAUAUAUACGAGAAUGCAAUUGUGUCGUGUCAUGCGGCAAAGAAAUGGAUGAAAGCAAAGCACUUGCUGGAAGAAAUGAGGACAUAUAGACUUGAAGCAUCUCCGGAGCUGCAUGUGGCGUCGAUACGACUUUGCAUUGAUAACAAGGAAGCCACAGCUACGAAGGUACUUGUGAAGGCAUUUCUGCGUGCAUAUGAUCAAGAACUGGAACGAGAAGUAAAGCAGGAAAUUGUAACGGGUCUUUUUCACGCAGCACUGGAUGUUGAAUCACUAUCACAAGCACUGUACUUUCGAGAUGAAUUGCUAGCUCGACAUUUUCCAAUUUCUAAGGAGCUGUAUUCGCGACUUGUUCAUCUGUGUGCCAUAAAGCGCCAAUGGCACAAAGCGCGCACGUUGUUGCAGCAGUUUGUGGAUAUUAACGCUCCUCCGCCGGCAGCAGCUCCAUCCAAUCGAUAUACGGACGACAUUCGGCGUUUAUUCGACGACAUGCAAAAACAUGGCAUUGAAAUUCCGCUGACAGUGUACAAUGCUGCACUAAGGAAUUUUGGUCAAAUGUCUCUGGGUGAUGAUGCCUUGGCUGUAUACUCGAAAAUGCGCGACCGUAGCGUGACGCUUGAUGCUACGUCUUAUGCAGCACUGAUGUGCUCCUGUGGCACCCAAGUUGAGCAAUCGGAAGAUUUUUUUUGUGAAAUGAAGCGUAACAAAAGCGAUCCUACGCUUGACGUUGCGCACGCAUAUUUGCUUGUGCCCAGUCGUGCGAAGCAGUGGAAAGAAGUGCUAAGAAGAUAUGCUGUUGUGCACGAUGAGGAGCCACUUUUUAAGGAUCUCCCAUUCGAGUCAGAUGUGCGAAUCCAGGCGCUUGUUGCUGUUGCUUACGGACGUCUCCAUCGAUCCAAAGAAAUGCUUUGCGUUUUCACAAGAAUGAAAGUGAAUGGAAUGACGCCUAAUUUGUAUGUGUAUGGGGAAGCAAUGUUUGCAUACAUUCGCCAAGAUCAAUGGCGAUAUGCGCUCAUGCUGUUCGACCACCUAUUCCAGCAGCAGACACCUGAAAUGCAGGAAAAGCGGAAGCUUGAAAAGUUUCCAAUGCUGUGGGAUGCCGCAGUGUUGGCUUGUCUGAAAGGUGAGCAAGCCGAGCGUGCGGCAAUGCUAUACGACACUAUCGUCGAACAUGGUGUCUCAAUUUCAAUGGUAACUGGGGAGCGUCUUGCUGCGAUGCUAACCAGUGUUCCGUCUGGAAUACUUUGGCGGUCGUUCAAAUCGAUUCCAUCGCUACAUCGAACACAAACGAGUAGUCGUUUGAACCCGCGCGUACAAAAUGCCGUGCUCAGACGCGCUGUAGAGGAGAAUGAUCAAAACUUAGCGGAGCAAAUAGUGACUGACGGAUUACAGAAGAUGAAUAUGCUGCCUAACUCAAUGACGUUUGCGCUGAUGCUGCGAUUGUAUGCAAACUGCGGGAACCAGAAGAGCUUUCACUCGUGGUGGUGUAAAAUGGACGAAAACAAAGUAAAGCCUACUUUGUUUGUAUUCCGCGCGCUGAUGCACCAAUUAAGCAACCUUAGUCUCGAUUGUGAGGACCUGGCGUAUAUAAACGCAGUUGGAGACUUCAUGCGUAAACGACAACCUCGAGACUUGAUUACAGGUGUCGUGAAUAAUGAAAACGUCAAAGAAUAUGCGGCAGAACUUGGACGCGCUGCGUUGGACAUCAUGGAAGAUUGCGUUAUGAGUCCCGACACGAUAUGUUUGCAGUAUUAUCUGUUGCUUAGUCAAGAACCGGAUCAUGUUGACCGUGUUCUUGUGCUUGUGGAAAAAACAAUGGCGGCAAUAAAUGUGCAUGACGAAGGCAGCACAGAGGGAUGCGUUCAUCUCACACCGCGGUUGCUGCACACAUUGAUUACAACCCUGUAUAACUUUCCAGAUGGUCAGCGCGUUCGCAAGCUGUUGAUGCAAAUUGUAAAGGACUUGCCGAGCGAUAUAUCUGAAGACGCUGUUGCUGCUUACUGCGCAGCAAAUGAUGGCCAUCACGCGUUGCAGCUUUUGCGUGAGCUCUUGGAUGCAAAAAUCUGCCUUAAUGACGAGCAAAUCUUGUUUUUUCUCACAAAUAGCUACACGUGUGAGUCGUCUAUCCCAAAGAGCGAGCAUUCUCGUCCGAGAAGCGCAUAUGGAGUGAUAGUGGAAAUGUCCUUGCAACUAUGUGAGAGCGAAACCGUGACGAUAGAGGCUGGGUGCCUAGCUUUUUUAAUCCAACAAGUUGUGGAGCUUUCGAAGUGGCAGGAGCAAGACGUUUUUGAGAUUGCGACGGAGGACGAAAUCCAGGCCAUGAAAAAGUUGCUAGUUCGUGCAUUUGCGCACUUUCCUAUCUCCCAAGUCACGGAGUUUCUUUCGAAAGUGAUCGCUAAAGAUGACUUUGUUCAUGCUGUAAGCGUUCUUGAUGAGCUGCAAGGAGUACCAAGAAAAUUAUGA